CCACCAACAAGCUCGCCCAGCACAAGCGCAUCAACGGACCACCACCUCUCUCUGCACCCGGCCCUCGCAGCCUCCGCCUGGCGCCACCACCACCACCCUCCAUCCAACCACGGCCAUCACCUCCAUCACCACCACCACAACAACAACAAUUCUGCCCUCUUCCACCUCAACACUGUCCAGGCCGACGGCGCCAGCGACAGCGGCCGCGGCAUCGCCCAGAACCACAGCCAAUACACUGCAUCCAGUCAUGCUUCCAUAGGGCUGCACGGCGGAGCGCCCUCUGGCCCACUCGGCCCAUCCCCGCACACGACCCAGAACCUCUAUAAACACGGCGCGGAUGUGGCAGCGCCGGAUGCUUCCCCGGACUGGCUCCUACAGUGUCUGAAUCCCACCGCACAGAUGGCCGAGUUCGAAGAGGACAAGGCCGACGACCACAGCCCAGACGACAGCGAUGAUGACUAUGACCUGCAUCAAGGCAGUGGCGCGUUCCUUUCUUCAGCUGGCUCCGCCCAGGUAGACUCCACCAUGGACGACUCAUACGCCUUCGGAGAGCUAUCCCAGCUGUCGUCCGACGACGAAGGACUAGACGAUGUCGAGCCGCAGACACAACCGAGCGCCUUGCAGUUGCCUCUUACUAUACCUACAAAUAUUCCGCCACACUUGCAGCUGCCGCCGCUUCCCGAUCCUCCGCCAUUCCCUCCAGACCACGGCCAUCUCGUGGGCAUGCCCAUGACGCAGCAGAUGAUGCAGAUCCAAGACGAGCACGAUGAUUUCGACGAGCUGAUGCAGUCACAUCCGAUGGCCAUCAGCCCUCCGAACGCCGUCUCUCUCGGGCCAGAAAAUCUGGACGUGGUCAACUUCUUACGCCAUUGGCUUUGUGUUCGGCAAGAGGAUGUCUAUCACGAUGUUUCACGAUAUCAGGCCAGGCGCGCGAUUCUGAAGCUGGCUCAGGAAGACGCGCGCAGAAUCCGGCUCGAGGACCUCGCAGGUGAUGAAUGCGAUUUCCAGGGGAUAAACUGGCCGAGCCUCAAAGUCACUAGGACUGCCGCACGCCAGCGGCGCAAGGUUACCUACAUCAAUUAUGUCAACCGGGAAGGUUCUGACGGUCAAAUACCAUUACCGCAUCUGCGGCCGGAUUGCAACUUUUACAGGUUUCAAGGGAUGAGCAUCAAACGUGAUGUCCGCCUUCUGCACUUUCAGCUACGCAACAUCCUGGGCUGCUCGUCUCGGUCGCGAGCCUUUUAUCCGAGCUUGAAGGCGGUGCGCGAGAUCAAUCCGAACGACGGCAGUACAAAGGCCGCCAUGACAUUCGAGAGUGACAGCGAUGCUCAAACAUCGACCUUGACAGCCUCCCAGGAUGUCCUCAUCGCAGGCGGUUUCUUUGGCGACUUCAGAUACCGAUCCCUCAACACUGAAGAUGCAACACCCACAAAAGGACGCUUGACCGACCAUCCCAGCGGUAUCACGAAUCACGUUCAAAUACACGAGGCUCGGCGGUCACACGCUCCGCUCGCGGCUUUUGCCUCGAACGACUAUGGUUUCCGCGUUGUUGACCUGGGAACAAAUCAGCAUCUGUCGGAAUCAAUGUACGAAUGUAUAAUCAACUGCUCAGCCCUAAGCCCUGACAGCAGGCUGCGUGUGAUGGUUGGCGACCAUCAGGAUGUCUUCAUCACCGACGCCGAUAGUGGCCGCAUCCUGAAGACGUUGGUGGGCCAUAGUGAUUUUGGAUUUGCUUGCGACUGGGCGCCAGAUGGAUGGACAGUCGCCACAGGGAACCAAGACCGCACGGUCCGGAUAUGGGAUGCGCGGUAUUGGGACCGGCCCGUGGCGAUCAUUCCAACUGAGCUGUCUGGUGCGCGGAGCCUGCGCUUCUCGCCACUCGGAUCUGGCCGGCGUAUCUUGGCAGCGGCCGAAGAAGCCGACUAUCUCAACAUUAUCGAUGCCGGCACGUUCCAGACCAAGCAGACCUUUGAUGUUUUCGGAGAGAUUGGCGGCAUCUCUUUCACCAACGGAGGCUCAGAACUCCUAGCUUUAUGCUGUGACUAUUACAGGGGCGGCCUCCUGCAACUGAGCCGCUGCGACCACGGGGCUGGCGACUCUUUUCUGUAUCCGACUGAGCGACACGAUGGUGUAUAUUCAUCGCUGAUUUCGCGCAGCAGCGACUGGCUGUCAGAAGCAGAACUAGAGGGGCUCGGCAUGGCGAAGACUCCUACAGAGCAUCGCCGGCAAGCAUUUCUUGCAUACGGAGAUUUGAUGCCGUUUUGAGCGGAUCAUUGUGGCAGGCGGGCAGCCUGCACCACGACCGAUACGGGCCGAUACGGCCGAUACGGUGGCACAAUGCUGACCGCAUUCACAUACUUUAUAGCGUAGAUAUUGUUUUCUUUUACUCGUGGAUACCUCGAGCACAACCGCAUGCAAUUGGUGUCACUGGCCACGCUGGCAAUUGUCUCACGAGUUGGAUGAGAGAAUGAGCAUGGAACGGAAUGUCUGAUGUAGCCGUCAUAUUUACCUUGUUUGUAGUAUAGUAUGAUAUACCCGCACGCGCGCACAAGCAUCAAUUGACACACUAUUAAAUCCCCUGA